AUGGAAAUUAAUCGAAAAGACGAAAAAAUUAUGAAUGAUCAACCAUGCUGUUCUCAUGGACAAGAAACUGUCGCAAAUGAAGUUAAACCCAUUGAUAAGGUAGCUCUUUUGCAUCAAGCCUUAUCAGAAGCUGGUCGUGUUCGUGCUCAACGUGGCAAGCAGCAACGAUUAACAUCAUUCAAAAUGAAGAAACGUGAGAAGAAUCAGUUUUCGACUGAACGCUUACUUUUUCAGCCAAGUAAUUCAUCCGAAGAAGAUGCUGACACAACUAAGGAAUUCAUGCGAACUUGUUCAUCUGCCAUUAAAAAUCACAAAUUAUUUCCUAUCAUUGAAUUGAUGUCAAAAAAGUGUGAAGCAGCAACACAAAAUCUCUCAGAAGCAUCAUUUGCUAUGGAUGACGUCUUCGAGCGACUGACAGAAAUGACUAGCAAAGAUGGAAAUAUAUCACUGGGAAAUAAUGAGUUAGAUCUCUUUAUGAUUGAUUCCAUAAUUAUGCUUCGCUUACAUUUACUGGAAUUGAAGAAAGUUUCAGAACUUUGCGAUGAUUUCAAGACAAAAUACUUGCAGACGUUAAGAAAAAAGGUAAGCCAAGAAUCAAUGAUUGGAUGCAACGGAGAUAGUGAUGAUGAUCUAUGUAUUUCAUCUCCAGAAUUACCAGGACAGUCAAAAUAUCCAUCAACUCCACCAACCGUUGCGAUGAUAUCUACACCGAAAGGAAUGCUAUCAAUACCACUUUGGAAUCCAGCAGCUGCACAUUCUUCAUCCUUACUUCCACAAACAGGAAUUCCUACUUGUUUAGUAUUGUCUUCUGAUAAAGCUACUAAAAAAAAUGUUGCCGAAGAAAAUAGUGGUGGAAGCUGUGCAAAUUCGACACAAAACGCUACUCCAUUACCUUCAAAAGCAACUAAAUUGCUUAAAAACUGGCUUUUCAUGCAUUCUUCAGUAAAAUUCAAUUUUAUUUUGUUUAAAAAUCCAUAUCCAAAUGAACACGAAAAAAUGAAAUUGUCGCAAAAAACUGGCUUACAAAUGGUUCAAAUCAACAACUGGUUUACUGAUGCACAUCAGCAAAUUCAACAGCUGCGUUCAACAAAUUCAACAGUUGCGAAUAUUAUUGAAGAUUCAACUCAGCAAAAAGAAAUUUCUGCUAAUUUUGAUGGGAGUGUGCUUAAUGCAAAAAAAUUUCGUAGAUAA